UCCAAUGUGUCCGGACCCCUCCCCCCUCAAAUUUGAGAAGUGCCCCUUUUAUUUAGGAUUUUAAGGUUUUUUACAAAUUUAUUUAGUUUUUUUAGCACUAUUAUAUUAUGGUCCAUGUGAACCGUGUGUAAUUUUUCAAUAGUGCCUUUUCAUAAUGUUAUGGUGCCCUUUUUGUCCUGACCCCCCCCCCUCCCCCACCUCAUCAGAAAAGCUGGAUCCGCCCCAGCUACGAAGUACUUCUGUUGUCAUCUUGUUACUAUAAAUACCCAUUGUACAUGUGCUGUCGUUUGACGGCCUGAGUGUACCGAAAUAAAGUUUCAAGUUUCAAGUAUUUAGUACCCAACAUGUUUGUGCAUAAAUAGAAAUCAUGUGACAGGAAGAAAAGAAAGAAAAAAAACCCCAUCGGUCACGUUAUAUGGAGUCACAUGAUAUAGUAAGGAGUCACAUGAUAUAGUAAUUUACUACUAUCCAGUAAAAUAUUAAGUUUUGACAAGAUUUUAAAAUGUUCUUACCAUAAAAGUAUCAUAAUAUGUAUAACCGACAGAGGAUUUAAGCUACCAAAGGUAUGUCAUGUGUUUUAUACCUCACAAGACGUCCCAGAACGUUCUACCUAUUAUACCAGGAAGAAAGAAGACCUCUUGAGUGUUAAAGCAGCGAUCUCGACACAAAUCACCAUCCAUUUCACAAUGGAAAGAGCAGAAGACCUGAAUGACCAGGAGUCUGGCGAACUUGUUAGUGCCCAAAUAUCAGAUAGUGCAGUGAAGGAUGGCGAUGCUGCUUACGCCCAAUUAUCUGAGGACGCUGGUGGACCCAAAGUUGCAAAUAAUGACACGACUGCUUCAAAUGAGGAAAUGCGUCUUAAGGGAAACGACUUAGGAAACAGUGUAUCUGAGCAUGACAUACUACUCGUCCUAUUAGACAGAUCAGAGAAGUUAGAUUCUCGUCUUCGUGGGAUUGAAGAUGAAGUCAAAGAGAUGCACCAGUAUCUAAAAAUCACUCAUGAUGGCGUGUACAGAACUGGCGUCGCCAUCAAUAAAUCAAAACUGAGUUCAGAACUAAGGUUUACUGAGGUAUUAAAUCAGCCGUUGCAACCAGAGAAAGACCAUAUUUCCACGCUGCGAGAAGGCUUCAGUUCGUUGAUUGAUAACUUAGAGCCAAAGGACAUAGAAAGCCAACUCAUCAGCAAACGUGUCCUUUCAGUCAGCGAUGCAGAAUCUAUUAAAGGAGAAAAACGCAGAAGUGACAGGGUCAGACAACUUGUGUGCUGUCUGUGCAAAAAAUCACCAGAACAUUUCGAACAUUUUCUGGACACAUUACGAGAGUCAUACGAUUUCUUAGCCGAACACUUUGACAGUAUUAGAUCAACUGCAAAGGAACCUUUUAUCAGAAUCCAGACAUGUUCCGUGUGUAUACUGCAGUCAGAAGUAGAUAUUCGCACAAUUACGGAUUAUAUGUUUAGAUAUGGCACGAUCACGCCCGAAAUGUUCCGAGAGCUUACGACGAAGACGAUACCAUUGGGCGUCAGGUGGGCCCAGUUGCUGCAGGUUGUGAACUACGAACCAGGAGGUGAGCAUGUCAGAGACACGUUUUUCAAAGCCGUCAUGCUGACCAACACGCGGAUCUACUCCUUGCUGCAUCAGUUUUUCUCCAGGACCAACAGACUAGAGUGUCACUGUCCCAAGACACAAGAGGAACAGGAACAGCUGCAGAACGUCUGGGCUUUAAGCCGACAGCUGAGUCUAGAACCCCCUUUGUUUUACAGGAAUAAAGCAGAAGACCCGUGGGUACGAGUGUGGGUCCAGAAGUCAAAGUUUUCUAAUCCAGACACAGAUCGCUCUUCAACAAAUCGUGAGAACAGUCAAGGACAUUCCAGUGGAAAUCGAGAACCUUCUUCAGAGAAUGAGGAUGAGGUCGAAGAACAUAGAAUCUUCCAUUCUUUAUCCCUGAGUCGACAAACAACCACAGAUGGUAAGGAUUCCAGUGGUGUUGUUAACAAGGGACUACUCAAUGGUGUCAAGUGGUUAAAGGAUAAAUUAACACUCUGAUAUGGUUGAAUAUGUAUAUAUGUUUUAUAGUUUUACUGUCAACAGUACUUGUGAUGACAUUCUGAAAACAAAAACACUUUUGGAGGUGUAUUUGGAUACGGACUCAAAAUAUUUGUAUCCAUCAUAUCACUGAUUUGGUUUUCAAAUGCGUAUUCCACUUUUGUUCUAUAUGCGAUUUAGGAUCCAUUUGAUGGACUAGGCUGGAUUUAGAUUUUACACGAAAAGUAGAUUUUGUGUGUGGUAUAUUAAAUAUUAUAUGAAAUGA